AUGUCAGCUGAAGAACUGAAAAAAGUAGCUAUACAAGCUAUAGAUGAAAAAAAUCAACAACUAUUGGAAAUAAAUCAACAGCUACACAAAAAUCCUGAACUAGCAUAUAAGGAAUUUAAAUCACACGAUUUAUUAACAAACUAUUUAGAAAAAGAAGGUUUCCAAGUUCAACGGAGUUACCCUCUACCUACUUCUUUUCGUGCUACGUUUUCACGUGGGAAGGGACCCAAGAUGUGUGUUAUUUGUGAAUAUGAUGCCUUGCCCGAAAUUGGGCAUGCAUGUGGUCACAAUUUAAUUGCCGAAGCAGGAAUAGGAGCCGCAAUCGGUAUUAAAGCCGCUUUGGAAACGAGCCAAACCGAUCUAGGUCAACUUAUCGUUUACGGUACACCAGCAGAAGAAGGUGGUGGCGGUAAGAUUAAAAUGGUGGAAGAAGGUUGUUUCGAUGAUGUCGAUAUCGCUAUGAUGGUUCAUCCAUCUCCUUAUGAUGCUAGCUAUGCCAGCAUCUAUUCAGCUAUGUCUUUCAAGAUAACUUUCGAAGGAAAGGCUGCACACGCAGCAGGUUCACCCUGGGAAGGGAUUAACGCCCUUGAUGCUGCUGUGCAAGCUUAUGUUAAUAUCUCUACGUUGCGUCAACAAUUUAAACCGACAUGGCGAGUUCAUGGCAUUGUAACUGAAGGAGGUAUUAAAACUAAUAUCAUUCCAGAUAGAGCUAAAUUAGAAUACCGAUUUAGAGCUCCAUCUGAUUCUGAGUUGCAAAUACUACAACAAAAAUGCAAAAAUUGUUUCCAAAGUGCAGCCCAAGCAACCGGCUGUAAAGUUGAUAUAGUUCACGAAGGUAUCUGUGGUGAUCAUUAUAGAUCUGUUAUCAACAAUUUACACCUGGUAGAUUUGUAUGAAAAUAACGCCAAGAGUUUAGGUAUUGAGUUUCCGUCGCGAGCCGAGCAAAAGCAAAAGAUGCUUGGCUCAACUGAUAUGGGAAACGUAUCGCGAGUUGUACCUUCUAUUCAUCCAACAUAUUCAAUUGAAACCAAAGGAGGUAAUCAUACACGUGAAUUUGCUGUAGCAGCAUCUACAGAACAAGCUCAUCGACAAACGAUCAUUGCUGCAAAGUCCAUGGCAAUGACGUGUAUUGAUGUCAUGUCCAGCCGUGAUCUACAAGUCCAAAUCAAACAAGAAUUUAUAGCCAGUACUAGUCAAUAA